AUGUCGAGCCAGAAAACAGAAGCCCCAACCCCAACCCUGUCCUUUGACAUCCCCAAGAAAUGUAAAGCUGGCGUCGUGGUCAAUGAAGGUCCCGACUUUCAGGUUGAAGUUAGAGAUGUUGACGUACCUGAGAUUGGUCAGAAUGAAUGCCUUAUCAAGUUGAAUGCAACGGGGCUAUGCUCUACCGACAUCCACUGGAUGAUGAACAGCUGGGCAGUUCCCAAAAUGUCUGCAAUGGGUGUUCAGUGUGCUGGUCACGAGGGCGCCGGAGUCAUUGUUAAGGUCGGCUCGAACGUCAAGAGGCUGAAGGUUGGUCAGCGAGCAGGUUUGAAGCCGAUCGAGAGUACAUGUGGGGCAUGUGAACUAUGCCGUUCAGGCAGAGAAACUUACUGUUUUGGGGCUAGACUUACUGGACUCCACUGUGACGGUACAGAAUCACCCUUCGAAGAGAUGUGGUAUAAUAAGUUAACCAAUGACCGCUUGCAGGCUCAUAUAAGCAAAAACUACACGACGUUGAUUCCUGAUGGUGUCUCGGACUACGUAGCCGGGCCCGCCAUGUGCUCAGCUUCGACCGUAUAUGCUUCGAUUAAAGCUGCGAAUCUAAGUUGGGGCCAGUGGGCUGUCUUUCCCGGUGGUGGAGGAGGUGUUGGAAUCCAAGGUGUGCAGCUUGCCGUUGCUAUGGGGCUACGACCAUUGGUGGUAGACACCGGAGACGAAAAGCGGAGGCUUUCCAUGGAAAUGGGUGCGGAGCACUUCGUUGACUUCAAAGAGAGUAAAGAUCCUAUUGCUGAAGUGCUCAGUCUAACCGAUGGUGGUGCUCAUGCUGUCUUCUGCACUGCUGCACCUUCGUAUCCGACAGCUCAGAAAUACCUCGGCCUCCGAGCUGGUGCUCAACUCAUGUGCAUCGGGCUUCCGCCUGCUGGCAAGUUCCACAUCGACGUCAAUCCCACUGAAAUAGUUUCCAGGGGUCAAUCUAUAAGGGGCACUUUUGUGGGUAGUAUGGCUGAGGUCGAUGAGGCCCUGGGCUUUGCUCAAAGAGGCAAGCUACGACUCACCCCUACCGUCGUAGGACUUUCCAAGUUCAACGAGUCGGUGCAGAAGUUGAAGAGAGGAGAAGUUGCCGGGCGUAUAGUUGUUGACUUCAACAUUGAAUGA